UUUCUUUAUAUCCCUUUCUAGUCUGGUAGGCGAGCUUCAAAAGCAAACUAAAGCAAGCCAGGGACGGUUAAGUUUAAGCCAACCCUCCAAAACUGCCUUUUAUAUGACUCCCAAAUGAGGUCCAACUCUAAUGACACAGUAGUCGGAUUCUGACCCACAAGAGGAACCUCGUGAAAAUGACUCAAACCGGACUCGCCGGAUUGAAUACAGAACUCGAUGCUUCCGGCGCCGGCGGCGGCGGCGGGACGGUGGUGGUGGCCGUGAAGUUGGACUCUCAUAGCAGAGAGUUGCUCACUUGGGCUCUGGUUAAGGUCGCUCAACCUGGUGAUUGUGUGCUUGCCCUUCAUGUUCUGAAUAACAAUGAAAUUGUUGAUCGAGAGGGAAAGUCUUCUCUGCUAUCGCUUGUGAAAGCGUUUGACUCUGUUCUUGCUGUUUAUGAAGGUUUCUGCAACUUGAAACAGGUGGAUCUCAAGCUUAAGGUCUGCAGAGGUUCACCAAUCAGAAAAAUUUUGGUCCGGGAGGCAAAAUCUUACAAUGCUGAUGAGGUUAUCGUGGGGACUGGCCGGAAGCACCACACGCUCUGGUCAUCGACCUCUGUAGCUAAGUACUGUGCAAGGAAACUACCAAAGGAGUGUUCAAUACUUGCUGUCAAUAAUGGGAAAGUUGUGUUUCAAAGAGAAGCCUCUCGUCCAACUAACCGCGGUUCAAAAGGAACUGAAGAUCAUCUUCGGAAUGGUUUACUCGAGACAAUUCAAAGGUCAUUGAGUAAGGCUUCCAAAGAACUGAAUGAUGGUAAUGUGGAUGUGAAGCCAACAGUGAAAUGUGAUCUCGAGCUGGUCUUAGAAAAAGCCGAUUCUGAUUGUGCAGAGAGUGUUUUGAAACAGAAAUGUUCUGUUUGUUCACCGGAUUCUGUUUUGCCAGAUAAUUCUUGCACCCAAUGUGUAGAAGAGUCUUCUGGUAAUGGCGAUGAAGACAACUCGAUGGCUAUUGUUCUCGAGCUGGCCUCAGAAAAAGCCGAUUCUGAUUGUGCAGAGAGUGUUUUGAAACAAAAAUGUUCCGUUUGUUCACCGGAUUCUGUUUUGCUGGAUAAUUCUUGCACCCAAUGUGUAGAAGAGUCUUCUGGUAAUGGCGAUGAAGACAACUCGAUGGCUAUUGUGCCGGUAGACAAGCCAGAGGCUGCAUCAAGUUCACUUUCUGUAUUGAUAAGAGAAUUGCCCGAAGUGAGACCUGGUUGGCCGCUUCUUCGCCAAGCAGUUUUAUCAAACAAGCAAUCUUCUGACAGGUCUCCGUCGCGACAAAUCUCUGUUGUUAAAUGGGCAUUGCAGUUGCCCAGCAGACAUUGUUUGCCAAGUGCAAAUUAUGAUCAGAAAGACAAUACUGAUGGGGAAGGAGAUAGAUCCUCAAAUUUAGAUGGAGAAAGUGGAGCAAUUGUUCCUGUGGGAACCGGAACAGUGUCUGGUCCUUCUCCAGAGUGCUGCUCGACAAGCCUUCCCAAAGAGCUGGAUGGUCUUCAUGAGAGAUACUCAUCAAUUUGCAGAUUGUUUGAAUAUGAAGAAUUGAAGACGGCGACUUCAAAUUUCGUGCCUGAGAAUUUGAUCGGAAAAGGAGGAAGCAGUCAGGUUUAUCGGGGUUGCCUUCCUGAUGGCAAGGAACUUGCAGUGAAAAUCUUAAAGCCAUCCGAAGAUGUAUUGAAAGAGUUUGUUUUGGAAAUUGAGAUUAUUACCGCCUUACAUCACAAAAACAUCAUCUCACUUCUGGGAUUCUGUUUUGAGGACAAUAAUCUGCUAUUGGUUUAUGAAUUUCUGUCAAGAGGAAGCCUUGAAGAGAACCUUCACGGCAAUAAGAAGGCCUCUCUGGCAUUUGGGUGGAGUGAGAGAUAUAAGGUGGGUGUAGGUGUAGCCGAGGCACUGGAUUAUCUACACAAUAGAAGUGCUAAAUCUGUGAUCCAUAGGGACGUGAAGUCCUCGAAUAUACUACUAUCUGAUGAUUUCGAGCCACAGCUCUCUGACUUCGGACUGGCUAAAUGGGCUUCAACCUCAUCGUCGUUUAUAACAUGCAAUGAUGUUGCAGGAACCUUUGGAUACUUGGCUCCUGAAUAUUUCAUGUAUGGCAAAGUAAAUGAGAAGAUUGAUGUCUAUGCGUUUGGUGUCGUAAUCCUUGAGCUUCUUUCAGGAAGAAAGCCGAUAAGCAGUGAGUAUCCAAAGGGACAGGAGAGCCUGGUUAUGUGGGCAAAACCGAUUCUUAAUGGUGGAAAGGUUGCCCAAUUAUUAGACCCAAGCUUGGGCAAUAAUUAUGAUCGGGACCAGUUGGAGAUUAUGGUUUUGGCUGCUACCCUCUGUAUCAGACGUGCACCACGAGCUCGACCCCAAAUGAGUCUCGUUAUGAAGCUUCUUCAAGGCGAUGCUGAGGUAAUGAAGUGGGCAAGACUACAAGUUAACGCUCUGGAAUGGUCUGACAUGCUGGACGAUGAAGCUUCUCCACGUUCAGAUCUUCAGUCUCAUCUUAACCUUGCACUGCUUGACGUGGACGAAGAGUCUCUCUCCAUGAGCAGCAUUGAGCAUAGUGUUUCGUUAGAGGACUACUUGCAAGGCAGGUGGAGCCGCUCGUCAAGCAUUGACUAACUACAUUUCCGAAGAAAUGCAAGUAAACAGCUUCCUUUGUUUGUGUGAUUCUUUUGUAUAUUAUUAAUUUUUUUUUUUUUUUUUUCCGGCUUCACCCUUUUUUUUGGGUUGCUUAAUACGGGUUUUGGAUGAGAGGUGGUUUGCAAGUGUGCCCUCCUCCUUCCCCAGAGAGUUGUGCCUUGGUUCCGAUUUGAUGUACUAGUUUUGUGGGAAUCUGUAUCAGUUCUCUAAGCGAGAGCUGAACGUGUUUUAACAAUGUAUUUCAUCUUUUGUUAAAUGGUAUAAAGAAAACCAUUUACAUGAAUA